CGAUUGUCUUUCCAAUUGGGUAUCCACAUAUUGGUAAUAGUGAUACAUCGUUAUUUCGGGAACCGCUUUUGCAGAACUCUAGCAUAAAUAGUUCCGCACGCAGGUCCGAGUCGCAUGAAGUCAUACAUGAACGGCUCGAACCACUUCUCUGCUCGGUGCACACAGCAAGGAUAUAAAAGCAACUAUCCGGUUCUGGAGCGCCACGCUGCCAGCGCUCUUCUCACAAAUAUCCCUAGACGCGAUAACUCAUCCGGCUCAUCGCGCAAUCGCUGAUUGCAUGACAGCCCUGGUCUGGGACACCGCCUCUGGCUUCUCGCAGAGUCAACCGGUCUCCGUCAUAUGAACGAGCAUGUAUUUUCCCGGAUCCGGGCCCAGACGUCAUCGAGCCUGCGGGCACAAACGGGCUUUGGCUAAAUGAAAACACGCAUGGAGCAAGGGACUCAUCCCCAGGGUAAAGCCGGAUUUGGGGCAACAAACUCGACUGAAUUAGUUUCACUAGUUCUCGACCUCCGCACCCCUUGGACACCUCUGCCGUUACUAUUCAGCCACUGGCCACCGCUUCCCACCUUAUCCCGCUUUCUGCACCAGCCCAAAGUUCCACCCCUGCAGCGAAGCGUCGCACCUCAAAGGACCAAACCAGAGCUGGGUGCCACAAAGCUCCGUCAACCUCACCACUACCGCACAGAACCGCAACUGCGACCAACAAAGCGGUUUAAGUCCCACUCCCGCAAAUCCUUCAGCCGCAGUACAGCUUCGCACCGGCCACGCGUUCAUCGGACAGUUCUACAAACGCUUCCUAUUCUCGAAUGUCCCAAGCAGGAACACCACCGAAACUUGCUCCCAGACGAUGAAGGUAAACUGAUCCUUGCCGACCUCCUGGUGGACGAGAAAGGAAUAGAGAGGGUCGCAGGAUUUCUGUCAGCGAGUGGAGCAUACGAGAAAGAGAGAAGGACAGAAUAGACACCGCUGGAAGGCGGAACCCAUCC